AUGGAAUACUCUAAAUUGCCAAUCUUCUUAAUUAAAUUGAAAUCAAUGUUAGAUGUACAAUUUUAUCAUGAAUAUAUAGGAUUAAUGUAACUAACACAUAAUAAGUUGGAAUAAUUAGGGAAAUAAAGUUAUCAUACACUAAAUUGAUGAAUUCAAAUCAUCAAUAUUACCAUUAUAUUUUAAAAGUACAAACUAUUCCAGCUUCUAAAAGUAAAAUUAUUAUGAUAAUGAAGAUAAUUAAAUAAUUAUGGAUUUAAGAAUUUUAAAUAAUCUUCAAGACAAUGUGAAUUUUAUAACUAGUUUUGGACUCAUGAUUAUUAAAGAAUUCAUUUAAUAAUAAGAAAGAAACAUAAUUUAGAAGAUGUUAAUUCUACAUCCAAUUUUAUGUCUUCUUUAUUAUUGUUAAUAUCAAAUUAGAAGUAAUUGAUGGCCAAUAUUGAAAUGAUACAUCGCUAAUAAUCUAUGAUAAGUUAAAAUAUUUAUCAACUCCACACAGAAUCAAUAAAGUAAUAAGACUUAAUUAUUAACUUACCUGAAUUACAGAUUUGA